GCUUUGACGAGACAACGCUUUCAAACUCUUCAUAAACUUCAAAACCUACGCGUCCCUUCCUUCUCACAACAACCAACACUCCAUAACACAAACCCUAAUUCUCUUUAUCUCUUUCUCUUCGCGUUUUCCACAAAAUCCGAAGAAUCAUCAUUUCAGAUUCGUGAUUUCGAUUAGCAUGUCCUUCAUACUGUAUACUUUUCGUACGUAAUCCAUGUAUGGAAGACAAAGACAGAGCACCUCCCGAUCCCGCAACCACCGGAGAGUUUAUCGGCAACUCGAGCUGGUCUCUAGGCGUCGAUGAUUCCGAUGGAAGUCAUUUCUUCUCCGGCGAUAGAGAUGGAACCAUGUUCGGUGACAUCGGCUGGGAUCUUGUACCGGACAGAAUCGGAGCCAGUGAGGAAUCGUUGCCGCCGGUUCAAACCGGUUCGAUCGAGACAGCAGCGACGUCGUCUUACAGGUCUAAUAAUCAAUCCGUUUCUUCAAGCUCCAGUGAGGAUCCGCCGGAGAAAUCUACCGUCUCUGACGAAAAACCGCCGGAAAUACCGAGUAAAAGUAAAAAGAAAGGGCAAAAGCGAAUACGGCAGCCGCGGUUUGCAUUUAUGACCAAGAGUGAAGUUGAUCAUCUCGAGGAUGGUUACAGAUGGCGAAAGUAUGGUCAGAAAGCAGUUAAAAAUAGCCCAUUUCCUAGAAGCUAUUAUAGAUGCACAAAUAGUAAAUGCACGGUGAAGAAAAGGGUUGAACGCUCUUGUGAAGACCCAACUAUUGUUGUAACAACAUAUGAAGGCCAACACUGUCAUCACACAGUUGGAUUUCCUCGAGGUGGAAUCAUUAGUCAUGAUGCUUCCUUUACAGGCCAAUUUGCUCCAACAAUGCCUCAAUUCUAUUAUCCUAUUCAAAUACCUACAGAAUCAAACACUUGCACCACUACUGUUUCUCAACCUAGCCAACCACAUGAUGAUCAUGAAGCUGGAAGAUCGAGCAGCGCUACAAUGGCUUUGUCUGAUGCAUCGCUGCCACAGCAUCCAACGGAUGAAGGACUACUUGGAGAUAUUGUACCCCGUGGAAUGCGCAGCAGGAAAGAGAGAAAUAUUUGAUGGAAAAUAAUUGAGAUGCUGGUCAAGACAAAUGGCAGAGAAUACAGCAUAAUAUAUUGGUUUACAAAGAAGAAUACAUUUUGGUGCAUCAAAUUUAUAAUUUGUGAAUAAGUACCUUCAGAUAUAUACUCUAUAUUGGAGAUGCUGAUUUAGACAAAUGGCAGAGAAUACAACCCAAUAUAUUGGUUCCUGAAAAAGAAGAGUGCCUCUCUAAUAUCAAACUCUAAAACCAAAUCAAAUGACAGAACCUUACCAUUUUUACAAAAGUACAUAUUCAUAUUAAGAAGAAAAAUGUACAUCAAAUUAAUAUUUUGUUGUGCACUACAUAGAAUUUCAGAUCUCAAGGAGACCAUACUCAGUUCUAUAUGUAUUAUGGAAUAAAUUGGUUAAUGGUUAUAUAGAAUGGAGACUAGAUUUUUCUUUGACUUGAAAAUUUUGUGAUUGCCACUGAGUUUAGAAAUUGCAUACUUAUUUGAUAAAAAAAUAAGUAUGAAAUAUCAUAUAGGUGAGAAUCAUACAUUUGAAAUGAAAAAGUAAAAAAUUGUAUGUUCAAAUCUAUACCUUAACAAAUUCAACUGUACAUAGAACAUAGAUGACCUCAUAUUCUAUGAUUAAGGAAAGAUAAAAGAUUUUAUAGCUCCAUCCAUAUAUUAUCUUUGUUGCUUAAGAUCUGAUGGUUUGUGGUCGUAACAUGCGCAUACUUAGCAGCAUCAUAUGCAUAUAUCUUUUUGUGGAUGUGGCCGGCUACGAAUUUCUAUGCCAAUACCUUAUCUUUACUGCUACUACCCACUUAUAUCAUGCUCAGCACCUAGACAUAUUUUUAUUUUGAGACACCUAUUAAGUAAUCUCUAAAUUAUCAGGAAUGUAUAAAGAUUGUCUAUAUAAUAUAAAAUUCUAAUUAGGGGUAAAAUUUUGCUGGUUUGAGUUACUUCAAUAAAAAUUAU